AUGACCAUUCCAAGCGCCUCAAAACACGAGCAUGAUGUUGCUCUGAUCGGCAAAAGCAGCCAUGCAGUCAAACCUCCAAAGUAUCCACUGGGUACUUCCGAGAGUACCGCAAGCUUCGACAUUAUUGACAUACGCCACGAUGCCGUGGAGAUGAAUCUAAAGGACGAGAUUCUAAGCUCUUUAAAGCCUUUGAGUGGCCCAAAGCAAUUACCAACCUUACUGCUCUACAACGAACGAGGUUUGCAAUUGUUCGAAGAGAUCACCUAUUUGGAGGAAUACUACCUCACCAACGCGGAAAUCGAUGUUCUCAAACGCUCGGCUGACAGCAUUGCAAAUGCCAUACCGUCAGGCUCUAUGGUUGUUGAGCUGGGUAGUGGUAAUCUUCGAAAGGUCAGUAUCUUGUUGAGGGCCUUAGAAGCUGCAGGUAAAAAGAUCGACUAUUAUGCGUUAGACCUUUCCUUGAAAGAGCUGAAGCGGACACUCGAACAAGUACCCAUAUUCGAACAUGUCAAAUGCCACGGUCUCCACGGCACAUAUGACGACGGCCUUGACUGGCUCAAAACACCAGAACAGAGCUCCAGGCCGAAGUGUGUUAUGUCUCUCGGAUCUAGCAUAGGCAACUUUCAUCGUUCCGACGCUGCUGCGUUCUUGCGGAGGUUCUCCGAUGCAUUACAGCCGUCCGAUUCAAUACUUGUUGGAUUAGAUGGAACCGAGGAUGCCCAAAAAGUCUAUCAUGCAUAUAACGAUCGCGAGGGGAUCACCCACAAAUUCAUCCUGAACGGACUUAUUCAAGCAAACGAGGUCCUUGGAGAAGAAGUUUUCAGACUUGAUGACUGGAAAGUAAUUGGAGAAUACGUUUACGACGGUGAAGGCGGUCGUCACCAAGCAUUUUAUUCUCCGAAACGGGACGUAGUCUUCAACGACGUCACAUUCAAGGCUGAAGAACGAAUCCAAGUCGAACAAAGUUUAAAGUAUCCACCCGAAGCUGCGACUCAACUUUGGAGCGACGCAGGGUUACAGGAGGUUCGUCGAUGGAAGGCCUCGUCCGAAGACUAUAGCCUACACUUGCUCAGCAAAGAAAGAAUGGCGUUCAACUCGGAUGCCAAAGUCUAUGCCGCAUCAAGCGUACCGACUUUCGAAGAUUGGAAAGGUCUUUGGGCCGUAUGGGACGUAGUCACUAGAGGCAUGAUCUCUGACGAGGAACUACUUGAGCAGCCCAUCAAACUACGGAAUGCUUGCAUUUUCUACCUCGGCCACAUUCCCACUUUCCUAGAGAUUCAGCUCAACAAGGUGAGCUUGGAACCUCCAUGUGAGCCCACCUACUAUCCUCAGGUCUUCGAGAGAGGCAUUGAUCCUGAUGUUGACAACCCUGAACAAUGUCAUGCUCACUCGGAGGUCCCUGAAGAAUGGCCACCACUGGAUGAGAUCCUUGAAUACCAGGGCAAGGUCCGCAGCAAAGUUGAGAAGCUCUAUUCGCUGCAAGAAAUCCCACGAGAUAUUGGACGUGCACUUUGGAUCGGGUUCGAGCAUGAGAUUAUGCAUCUAGAGACACUUCUUUACAUGCUCUUGCAGAGUGACAAAACUCGGCCACCCACCACUUAUACCCCUGACUUUGAGAGUGAAGCGAAGUUCGCAGAAGCUGCCAGGGUACCAAAUGAGUGGUUUGAAAUUCCAGAGCAGAGCAUCACUAUUGGUCUCACUGAUCCAGAGGACAACUCGGGUGGUGAUCAACAUUUUGGAUGGGAUAAUGAGAAACCACCUCGACAAGUCACGGUACCAGCUUUCCGUGCUCAAGCGCACGCAAUUACAAACCAAGAUUACGGCCGUUACCUCGAACAGACACACAGUUCAAAGAUCCCAGCUUCAUGGGCGGAGAACAUCUCUAAUGGUGCCCACUUGAACGGCGACUCAAACGGCAAUUCAAAUGGUUACUCCAAUGGCCAUGCCAAUAUUCAUUACAAUGCCUCAAUUCCUCUGAGCAAGGCAUUCUUAGAGGGAAAGGCUGUCCGCACUGUGUAUGGUUUGGUACCUUUGAAGUAUACUCUUGACUGGCCCGUCUUUGCUUCAUACGAUGAGCUUGCUGGCUGCGCUAUUUGGAUGGGAGGUCGAAUCCCCACACUUGAGGAGGCGAGAAGUAUCUACAGCCACGUGGAUGGCCUGAAGCUUAAAGAAGCCGAACAACACUUGGGGAAAACUGUUCCUGCGGUCAAUGGUCACCUUGUCAACGAUGGAGUAGAAGAAAGCCCGCCAUCACGAGCUUUGCAAAAUGGUGGGAGCUCGGAAGAGCUCUUCACUAACCUCAGGGGUGCAAACGUAGGCUUCAAACACUGGCAUCCAGUUGCUGUUACGGCCAACGGCAACAAACUCGCGGGUCAGGCGGAUAUGGGUGGACUCUGGGAAUGGACCAGCUCCCCUCUUGCCAGGCAUGAAGGUUUCGAGCCCAAUAAACUCUACCCGGCUUACACUUCUGAUUUCUUUGACGGGAAACACAACGUCGUCCUUGGUGGCUCCUGGGCAACGCACCCACGCAUUGCUGGACGCAAGACCUUUAUCAAUUGGUACCAGCGCAACUACCCAUAUGCUUGGGUUGGGGCACGCCUGGUGCGCGAUCUUUAG